AUUUAUUUACAUGUUUCUUAGACCGAAGUACCGCGUAAGUUAUGUGUACUCUUAUUACUGUGUUCAACUUCCUACCGAAAUUGGACGGAAAGGGCUGAAAGAAUUCCGUUGGAAUUCGGUAUGCAAGCGUAUUUUCACAAUAUUUCUACCUAUUUGCAUUCAGCGGUGUUAUUUAGAUAUUAUCCAAACGUAUGUUAGUGAAUGUUAGUGAUAUGAAAAUAAUAACAACUAUUAAUCAAUAGUUCAUUGGCAUUGUUCUCGAUUUUUUAAGACACACGUGACAUAUUCAAUUAUUCAUCCUUGAAUUAAAUUUUGCGCUUCAUCAUUUCCUAAACAGUUAUAGCUGAACCCAUAGCAGCUUGAUUCAUUUUAAAGAGAAAACACAGAAAGGCAAUGGAGAAUAUUAUUGUUAUGAUAUGGGUUUUCUUAAUGUUGCAAAUUGGGCUUAAUAGAGGUCUAGACAAGUUUCAGUUCCAAAUGGAUGAUACGUUGCAAGGAUUUAAAUGUUUGGAUGAAAGAAAAACAUUUGAGAUGGUAAGCGGUAAAUCAGCAUGUGCACUCAGAUGUUUGAUGGACCUUGUUUGUUCUAGUAUAAUAUACUAUCCUGAUACGGGCAAUUGUACGGGCUGUACUUCCUUCACCGGAGAAACUGAUCCUUCACAAAGCAACUCGGUAUUCUACAAAAAACGUGGAUCUCAAUACAUCGGUUGCUACAACCACGAUCCCAGGUUUCUGGCUGAUAUGCACAAUUCCUCAAGUCAAUCAACAGAAUACUGUCUUACCCUUUGUCGAAACAAGGGAUUACCCUUUUCAAUGACUGAAUAUGGCUACGCAUGCUGGUGCGGUGCAGAUAUAAAUUUCGCCAUCGCUGAGAAGAUACCAGAGUCGAGAUGCAACACGGAUUGUGAAGGUAAUACGAGCCAGAAAUGUGGAGGCUUCUACGCUGGUUCUCUAUACAGGACUGGAGUUUAGGAAGGUAGAGAUAGUUGUUAAAGAAGAAAGAAUUUACAUCAUGAACAUCAUGAACAUCUUUGUGCCUUUUCUCAUGUGAAUUUCAACACUUCUAUUGAAACAAAAUAAAUAGAGAAGUAACGAAAACAGCAAUCAGAAUAUACCGGGGUAUACUUAAAAAGCCAGAAUCAUUCCAAACUAUCAAAAUUUUCUUGCAGACUUUCAUGUAUGGUAUCAUUUACUAAACACGGGCAUCUUUUUACAGGUUAUUAUCAUGGUUUGUUUUGAAAGAAUACUUAAAUAAGAUAGAUGUGUUUAAAUUUCGAAUUGCAAUAACAAGAUUCCGAUUGUCAGCAAGCAGAU